AACACGACGAAAAUCAAAAACCAAACCAACCAACGACCUUAACAAAUAUCUCUCCUUUUAUCGCAACCAAUCAAAUAUUUCCUUUCUCGUUCUUCUCCUUCAAUGGCGUCCGUUUCUCUUCCUUCGUUCUUAAGCCCUUUGAACUCCAAUACUCUCAGUUUUAGCUUCUCCGCUUCCUCUAAAACCAGGCUUCCUUCUUCUCCGAUCGGAUUCUGGACCAUCAAAUGGAAAAAUCGGAGGACCAAAGGCGUCGUUUGCAGAGCUGCCUCUGUCGUAUUUCGCGAUCUCGACGCCGAUGAUUUUCGCCACCCUCUUGAUAAACAGAACACGCUGAUUUUAAGGGCGAUUCCGGGGUUAAACGAACUUGGAAAGGCUUUAUUAGGAUCUGUUACAGAACAAGUCAUGCUUUUGGAGAACAUAGGAACAUCAGUACUUGUUUCCAGGAAUCAGCUACCUGAACUAAAUCAGUUAAUGGUUGAAGCUGCUCAGAUAUUGAAUAUCGAGCCUCCAGAUUUGUAUGUUCGUCAAAGUCCCGUACCAAAUGCAUACACUCUAGCCAUAGGUGGUAAAAAGCCAUUUGUUGUAGUUCAUACUAGCCUUGUGGAGCUUUUGACAAGAAAGGAGUUGCAGGCUGUUUUGGCACAUGAGUUGGGACAUCUGAAGUGCGACCAUGGUGUGUGGCUUACUUUUGCAAAUAUUCUCACCCUUGGAGCUUAUACUGUGCCAGGGCUUGGUGGGUUGAUUGCUCAGAGUUUAGAAGAGCAGUUAUUCCGUUGGGUUCGAGCAGCAGAGCUAACUUGUGAUCGUGCAGCUCUUCUUGUUGCCCAAGACCCUAAGGUGGUCAUCUCUGUGCUGAUGAAAUUAGCUGGGGGCUGUCCGUCUAUGGCCGACCAAUUAAAUGUAGAUGCGUUUCUGGACCAAGCUCGUUCUUAUGACAAAGCUUCAUCAAGCCCGGUUGGCUGGUAUAUAAGGAAUGCUCAAACAAGGCAACUUUCACACCCUUUGCCUGUUCUACGUGCUCGCGAGAUUGAUGAAUGGUCUAGGAGUCAAGAGUACAGAAAUCUCCUCAACCGUGCAAUACAGGCUAGCGCUGUAAAUAUUUCAUAGGAGAACGGAGAUAGAGUAAAAAAAACACUAAAGCUUCUUGAAGAGUGGACAUGUGUCAAAUGAUUCCAACCACAGAGAGCAUCAAAAGUAAAAUAGGGGAAUUGCUACAAAUUUAUAGCUGCUGUCUAAUCCCGAUUCUUCUACCAGAUUCUGCCGAAUGAUAUAUAAUGGUCAUACCAUGUCAGUCUUUUGCACAUAUAGAUGUUAGGAUAUGUAUAGUCUUUUAAGACUAAAAAAACACAAAUUUAUACGGUUCUGAUAGAAUUAUAUUGUUGCAGUAGUGUUGAUUGACAGAUACAAAUAUAUUAAUCUAAUUCUUUAGAUUAAAAAAAAAGGUGCUUUGUGCAAUUUAUUUUGGCAUAUGGCAUUCUUCAUGACAAAGUUUGCGUGGAUCAAAGUUUUGGAGGAAAAAGUGUGAAU